AUGUUACGCGCGCCUACAGCUGCCAGCCACAAGCCUUCCAUCCGAUGGCAGAAAUAUCUUAUCACGCUCUACGUCGUCAGCGUAUUGAUUUGGAUUCGGAGUGCGUUCAGAGUCAUCGAAUAUCUUGAAGGCAAUGCUGGUUCUAUCAUGAGGCAUGAGGCCUAUAUCUUCAUCUUCGAUGCCACACUGAUGGUUCUUGUUAUGGCCUGGAUGAACUGGUUCCAUCCCAGUGAGAUUGGUCUUUUGCUGCGAAACGAUAUGGCCAUCACCAACGGGUUUGAGCUCUUUGCCUUCACUAGUUCUUAUCGGAGGGCGAAAAGACAGAACUCUGCUACUUAG